GUGCAGGGUGCGCUCCAUCCACAGCCUCUCUCACUGUGUCGGACUGUCAUCCCUGGAGCAGUCGCCUGAAUCUCCGCCACCCUGUGCAGCGGUCCUCCUCAGCUUUCAUCGGUUUUUUAGAGUUGUAGCAUGUAGCAUGGAUACGAUUUAGGCUAACGCGUAAGACACCACCCAACAGUCAUUAGUUUCAUUUAAAGAAACCUCCUGAAGCUCUCCCGGCCGAAGUCACCAUAAUGAUGGAGUACUGGAGGCAAUGCGCGCUGUGGCUGAUAAACUGCAAGGUGCUCCCAGCUAACCACCGGGUUACGUGGGACUCUGCUCAGGUAUUUGACUUGGCUCAAACCCUCCGGGAUGGAGUCCUCCUGUGCCAUCUGCUCAACAACCUCAGACCCCAGACCAUCAACCUGAAGGAGAUCAACCUCCGGCCGCAAAUGUCACAGUUCCUGUGCCUGAAGAACAUCAGGACUUUCCUGGCAGCAUGCAGCGACGUCUUCGGCAUGAAGAAAAGCGAGCUCUUUGAGGCCUUUGACCUCUUUGACGUCAGGGACUUUGGAAAGGUUAUGGACACACUUUCUAAACUCUCCCACACUGUGAUUGUACAACAGACUGGAAUCAGGCCCUUUCCAACAGAGGAGAGUGUUGAAGAUGAGGACAUCUACAACCACCUGGAGGACCUCAUAGAUGAGAAUGGAGUGGAGGAUGAGGAGGACCUUUAUGACUGUGUGUACGAUGACGAAGAAGGCGGCGAGAUCUACGAGGACCUGAUGAAGACAGAAGCCGUCCCUCCUCCGGCGUUCCAGAAGCAAGCAGAGACUGACAUCAGGAGUUGCUGCUUGACAGAGAUCAAGCAGACAGAGGAGAAAUACACUGAGACCCUGGAGUCUAUAGAGAAGCACUUUAUGAUUCCCCUCAACACGUUCUUAUCCCCAGCUGAGAUGGAGAAGGUGUUUGUGAAUAUUCCGGACCUGGUUAAAGUCCACAAGUGUUUACUGCUGGAAAUCCAAGAUUCAGUCCACCACAGAAGUGCCCAGAACCUUUACCAGAUCUUCAUCACUUUCAAAGAGAGGUUGUUGAUCUAUGGGAAAUACUGCAGCCAUGUGGAGACAGCCAUCGCCACCCUUGAUGACAUCAGCAAAAACAGGGAAGAUGUACGCAUGAAGCUAGAGGAAUGCUCAAAAAGAGCCAACUAUGGCAAGUUCACACUGAGAGAUCUGCUAGUGGUUCCUAUGCAGCGAGUCUUGAAGUACCACCUCCUCCUGCAGGAGCUUGUGAAACACACCCAUGAUGGCACUGAGAAGACGAAUUUACGGACCGCCUUAGAUGCAAUGAAGGAUUUGGCGCAGUAUGUUAACGAAGUCAAGAGGGACAACGAGACAUUGCGAGAAAUAGAUCAGUACCAGAAAUCCAUUGAAAAUCUGAAUCAGCGUCUGAGUAACUACGGGAGACCCAAAGUUGACGGGGAAGUACGGGUGGCCUCGGUGGACAAACGAGCCAAGCAGGACAGGCACAUCUUCCUGUUUGACGCUGCGGUCAUUGUUUGUAAGCGGCGAGGAGACAACUACGAGAUGAAAGAAGUGAUCGACUUGCACCUCUUCAAAGUCACCAACAAUCCCACGUCGGACAAAGAGAACCGAAAGUGGUCCUACGGAUUCUACCUCACUCAUAACCAGGGCCAGAGCGGCUUUGAAUUCUUUUUCAAGACCAAAGACCUGAAAAAGAAGUGGUUGGAACAGUUCGGCAUGGCCAUAUCUAACAUUCGGCCAGAGAAUGCGACCAACAACCACCAUGAAUUUCGUAUGCACACCUUUGAAAGAAUCACCUCCUGCAAUUCUUGCCACAUGCUGCUUAGGGGCGUCUUUUACCAGGGCUACUGGUGCUCCAAGUGUGGUCUAGGUGCCCAUAAAGAAUGCCUGGGCCGUUUCGGCUGCUGUGGAAAAACAGAUUCCGGCUCCGUCAGAACUCAGGGCAAAGAUCGAGAUCCAGGUCUGCCCAAGAUGCUGGUAAUCAGGAACUACUUUGGAUCGCCAAGCCCCGCUUCAGGUCCAGCGCUCCACAUCCAGACGGGUGACAUCAUUGAAUUAAUCUGCGCCGACAUUCACAGCCCCUGGUGGCAGGGCAAAAUCCUGUCAACGAAAGAGGUUGGCUUCUUUCCAAGCGAUGCUGUGAAGCCUUGCCCCUGCGUCCCGAAGCCCGUCGAUUAUUCCUCUCAACCUUGGUUUGCAGGCCCUAUGGAGAGGCUGCAGGCAGAGGCGGAGCUUAUCAACAGAGUCAACAGCACCUACCUGGUGCGCCAUCGCAGCAGAGAGUACACAGAGUACGCCAUCAGCAUUAAGUACAACAACGAUGUGAAGCACAUAAAAAUCCUGACCAAGGAGGGCUCCUUCUACAUUGCAGAGAACAAAAAGUUCAGGAGCAUAGUAGAGCUGAUUGAGUACUACAAACAUCACUCCCUGAGAGAAGGCUUUAGGAGUCUAGACACCACGCUGCAGUUUCCUUACCGAGAAACGGAGAACGCUGCUAUGCACCGCUUCAACCGAUCCGGUGGCAACACCCCAUUGCUCUGCGGCCUCUCUCUUCUAACUCCUGCCGGCUACAGCUUUGUACCUCCUUCCUCUGCUCCCUUCUGGUCAGUGUUUACCCCCAAAGUGAUUGGUGUGGCAAUUGCGCGGUACGACUUCAGCUCACGCGACACCCGGGAGCUCUCUCUGCAGGAGGGAGACGUGGUUAAGAUCUACACCAAGUCGGGAGCUAAUGGCUGGUGGAGGGGCGAGGUCAACGGCAGGGUGGGCUGGUUUCCAUCCACAUACGUUGAAGAGUGCGAGGAGUGAAAGGGCCCGCGUGAGGGAAAAAAGAGGAAGAUAAAAGAAGAAGGGCAGCGGUGGAGUAAGCAAACCGAUCUCAUGACAGUGACUGAGUGAGCUUUUGCACCCCCGUCUGCUCCCGCGUUACUUUUCAGAGUGAAGCAGACGGCUUCGCUCACCUCCACGGUGCCCUGUUGCCUAAAACCAUCCCGGAAGCCUUUGGGAGAGGAAAGGGCUAUAGUACGCUGCAGAUGCAGGGAUGCACAGUCAUUUCUGCUUGACUCUGUGUGGCUAAGCGACUCCACCGACUAGCAGCUUGCCUGUCAGCGGGGCACAGGUCUUCGCCAGACACACCCCCCUACCCCCUCGCCCUCCACCUCUCCCCCUCACUUCAUCCGUCCAUCCAUAAUUCAUCCUCCACUUCCUUCCUCCCUGCCCUAGCCAGCCGCAGCGCCACAACUCCCACCUGUUUCCGCUUGCUAAGUCGGCCGUUGCCUGAACUGUCAGCAGCAGAUACUCAAACGCCGCUCUUCCAUUCAUCCGCUCAUCCAUUCAUCCAUUUACCCCCCAUCGCUCCGUGUGGGAAUAGAGUCAUCUGAGAGUUGGGAGACACUUCAGUUUUUUCUUUUUUUUCCCCUUUCAUCCUCAUGUCUGAAGGGAUUUCAGUCAGUUUUGACCUUGCCUGCCUGUUUUUUUUCCCACUAAUGCAGGUGGAUAUUGAUGACUUGAUGACCCAGAUUCAUACACACACAUGCAUGCGCGCGCACCACCCACCUCUCCUCUCCCUUCAGAUUAUUAUCGCCGCACACUUGCACACGCACUCUUCCAGGAGAUGUAAGAGAGGGAUGGUGUCGGAUAGCAUCGCUGCACAGUGCCAGCAAUUGAUCGCUGUUGUUCCUAUUUUCCUUCCACCUCCUACUUUCUUUCUUUAUCUCCAGACCAGCCUCUCAUGUUUUUUAGUUGUCUUGGCCGUUAGCGAUCCCCACGCUCUUAUCGGUGGCAGCUCUGUCAACAAGAGCCCAUCCGCCAAGGGUUUAUCUUAUUGGAGGCAUUAGCGACUCGUCGGGGGUGGUUGUGGCGGUAGAAGGGGGAGGGGACAAACCGCGCUACCUGGAAGCCACCUGCUACCUUAGCACUGAACGGCAGAAAAGAAAAGCACAUACACAGCCCCAGCCUUGUUCUUCCCCAGUUUAUCGUCUCAUCGUUUCUUAGCAUGUUUUGAGCUGUUGUUCCAGUUUCAUCGUGUGCAGGUUUGAUAAACACGGCUGAUUAUGUUCCAGAGGCUGCACUGGUCGACCAGGAGAGGCUAUAUUAACACCGACACCUGUCUCACAGAAAUGGACUAGAAAAAAAAAUAUAUAAAAAAUAUAUAUUUUAAGUAGUCUAGAAGGACUAACGUCAUCUUUUAGAAACCUUUCUGUCACGCUUAUAUCUGCCUUCCCCCACCGCCCUCACCCCGGUUGUGCACAAUACCUCCUUAGUAAAAGUAAAAGCGGAUUUUCCCACAUUUGAAGGAAUAAAACCUUCACACGGACACAAGCUGUGCACGCUUUUAAUGUUAACAUCAACGGCAGAAAGGAGAAAGGUGCCAGAGGACACAGAUCCAACAUAGUGAUCAUGCACGGAGGCUGGACAUGGAGGACUCCUCAGUACCUGGCUUUGUGUAGCUUUGUUUAGCAAUGAAAUAUUUGUUGGCUGUAACCUCAAAUCAUGUCUUUUUUCUAUUUUUCAAUGUGUACAUACUGAAACUUUUAUUUAAUCGAUGGUUGGUGAUGUCUUUCCUCACAAUCGCCCUGUCACGGAGCAGUCCACAUCACAUGUAUUAUGUAAGGAUGGUCAAAACACUACUCCACUAGUCCUUUAAUGUCUAGUAAGUUGUUGUUUGUCUGCAUUUCUUCAUUUUUCCUUCUUUUUUUUUUAACCAUGCAGUUCAGCUAAAAUAUGAUCGCAUUUGUCAUUGGAGCACACUGCAGGGAAGCUUAAGAAGCAGCUUAAGUGGAAACUAUGGUGAAAUUCUCUUGUAGACGUUGAGUUUUCAGAGUUUGUAUUGAUUUGACGAGAUCAAAGAAACCAUCGCUCUUCAGCUAACUCGUAGGUCUUGCCUCGAGAAUCAGCCCGCAGGGCAGUCCUUCCAGUCAGAGCUAGCCCUUCCACUGUCACGUCUGCACUGCGGUGAUGCCACUGAGUAUCAUAUUUUCUGAAUUUAAGUAACGAUUUAUUAUGAAGCAAGGCAUUUAUAUACGCUUAAUGGAGCUAUUAUAGUUGAAAGUCAUUAAUAACUUCCUGUCAGCGCCGUCUCUCCACACCUUUUAUGAUAUGUAGGAGAAAUGUGUUUUAUAUGCAGACGUUUUCUUAAAGAACUAGACCGAAGGAUCGCGUUAUCAUGUGUUUGUGCCGUCUCCCUGCCUACCCAACACACUUUCCUUUGCUCAUCAACAGUGUCAUUAAGUGACCACUAGAUGGAAGCAUUUUAAACACAGCCUAGCAGCCACUUCUCACUCUGCAAAAGUUUGGGCAUGACAUCAUCUGAUUAGGAGGUGAACGAUAUUAAAGGAAACAGCUGGCAGCAGGCUCAGACGUGCUGCUGUGAGCGUGAGAAACAGAGGAAGCUCUGAAAGACAAGCCCAAAGUAUCAAAGUACAAAAGGAGGGUUGUUUAAACUGCUCCUUGGGCAGAUACCACCAUGACUUUUAUUUUUUAUUUUUUUGACGUGUAUUGAUCAUUUCUGAUGUUCAAGAAACUUCUCGUCAAGUAAGAGCCUUCAGGAUCGCACUCCUUCUCCCCUCCUGCUUUCCAGCGCGACUGCUGUCUCCGAACAGUCAAACAUGAGAUUUGUAACAUCUUUAAGAAAUCGGAGAGUGAGAGAGAGUUGUGCUGCAGAAGGAGCACACCUCUCUCCCGUCUGGGGAGAACUGGAGAGCUGGAGUGGGCUCCUCUAAUCGCAGACUCUGGUAAUCCACUCCUGCUCUCCCUCCUCCACCCAGAUGAACUCUGACAGCGGGGCCAUUUACAGCUGCAGGCUUUCCUCUCCUCCAAGUGUGCCUCCAGAUUUUUUCUUUUCUUUUUUUUUUUUGUGGGCAGGAGGGACGGGAGGAAGGCUCAAGGGUAUCUGUGAUCUAAUCAUUACACCAUCUCCUCACCUCAGCGACCCUGCUGCAUCCAUCUCUCUGUCGGCUCCCCUCUCUCUCGCUCUAUCUCACCGUGUCACUCCCCUCCUCUCUCUCCCACUCGCUCUUUACUGCUCUCUUUCCCCAUCUAUCUUUCAUCCAAUCUCCGUCUCCUCUGUUUCUCUCUGUAUUCUGUCCCUCACCCCGACGCUCUGUAGGCUGUGACCGCCGCUGUGUGUUGGUGGGAGGAGAAUCGGAGAUUCUGUAUUACCGGGCGAGGAGGCAGAGAGGCGGCCUCAAUCGGAAAACAAGCCCAGCAAAAUGAGGACUAGUUUAAUUUUACCGCAAAUUAAUAGGCUGGGAGAAAUGAUGCCAGUUAGAGAAUGAAUUAGAAUUUACUCUCGCUAUUGUGAUCCCCUUGGUGUAUGCACAGAUUAUGUCCGUAUGCACAGGCACAUCCCACGUGGGGAAAAUCAUUUUGACUGAAUUCAGGGCUGUGUUGUUGUAUUAACCUGAAACACAAGUCAAAUAUGAAGAAAACAUGGAUUUUUUUUCUUUCCUUCUUUUGGUCAGUACUUCCUGUGGACUAAUGUUUGCAUUGUCUGUGUUCAUGCUUUUGUUAUUUCAAUAAAGCCAAAGAUGUAUGCUGUACUUACUGUUAUGUCUCAUAACCACGGUACCCAACCGCUGUGGCCUAACUCUAAAACUGUGCAAUCCUGAGUGUGUAGCAUAACCCUGUAUUGUUGCUGUAUUAUACUGUAAAUGAUGUACAUAGCACAUAAUAAAGAUAUACAGU